AUGGAGGAACUUUUAAGCAAACUAAAAGAAUCCAAAGAAUUCGCCGAAAUGGGUAGCAAUAUCUCUGAUGAACAACUUAGACAGUUCAUUAAUGCUUAUCAAAGCAAUCAAAGAAAGCCUGAAGGCCAAAUGGAUGAAGAAGGAGGAAUUAUUGUGACCCCAAAAAAAGGAUUCGCAAUUAAAACUGUGGACUCCAAAACAAAUGAAAAAGUUUUUCUAAAUAUUUGUUCACAUGAACUUAUAGAUCCUCCACAAGAGGAAGAAAUUCCUAAUAUUGAUGAUCAUAUAGGCUUAAGAGUCCCUUUAUCUUUAGGAAAUCCAAAAUCUGAUUUUGAUAAAAGUAAACAAUAAUUAGAGGGAGGCAUUUGCAGAGUUUAUGAUGUUAUUGUUAACCCUACAGUUCUGCAGAAAGCACAAGAUGACGCACAGACGAGGCAGCUGCUGAUGGAAUUAUGUGCAUCUCAUAUAGCCCAAAAACAUAAGCAGGAGCUAUCUUUGAGUAAUAUCUAUAUAGAGUUCAGAUAUAUGAGACUGAAAUAUAAAGGAGCUACAGUUCAGCAACAGAGGAUUAGAGGUAAAAAACAGCCAAAAAUCGAAGUUUUAGAUAAGGAAGUUUUUGAGACUCCAAUAGAAUCAGUAAAAUCUCCUGAGUGGGAACUUAAAGUUGAUGGAAAUAAUAUUGAUCCUGAAACUUUAAAAACAGCCAAAACAUUUGAGCUGAAAUUUUCUUUAGACUUAUUAGUGACAGGCAAAGCAAUUGACCUUAAAGCAAGCCCAGAAAGAAUUUCCCUCCAAGUUGGCCGAUUUUAUGCAAUUAACUUAUGAAUGCCAUUUAUUAUGGACAUGAAUUCUUUGAAUGCUGAAUUUGAUUGUCAAACUAGGAAACUUAUUAUAACAGGAAACAUAAUAAUAGAAGACACAGCUGUUAAGACAGAAAAAGUACCAGAAGAAGAGCCAAAAGUUCAGUUGAAACCUUUAGAACUCUCCUCAAAUGAGCUUUUAUAUGACAUCGUUUAA